AGAUCAAGCAUCUAUUUGCAUAGUAGCCCUACAAAUAUAGGCCGGCACUAUAAGUCGCAUUGUUCAGUUUUCUUUGUCAGUUUAUUCUGUGUGUCGUUCUUCCAUCAUGCCUGAGCCGGCUAAAUCUGCUCCUGCUCCGAAGAAGGGUUCUAAGAAGGCGGUGACCAAGGCGCAGAAGAAGGACGGAAAGAAGCGCAAGCGCAGCCGCAAAGAGAGCUACUCCGUGUAUGUGUACAAGGUGCUGAAGCAGGUCCACCCGGACACCGGCAUCUCGUCCAAAGCAAUGGGCAUCAUGAACUCCUUCGUCAACGAUAUUUUUGAGCGUAUCGCUGGGGAGGCAUCGCGCCUGGCGCAUUACAACAAGCGUUCGACCAUUACAUCCAGGGAGAUCCAGACUGCCGUGCGUCUUCUGUUACCUGGGGAGUUGGCCAAGCACGCCGUGUCCGAGGGCACCAAGGCUGUCACCAAAUACACCAGUUCCAAGUAAAUGUUUUUAGGAGCUGUCAAACCCAAAGGCUCUUUUCAGAGCCACUCACAUUUUCCCAAAGGGCUUUAAUACUGGAUAUUGUUGUAACCUCUAGGGGAAAAGUAAUGCUGAAUUUCAAAG